AUGGACGGCAAACAAGACGCCUUUCUCCUCUUCGGAGACCAGUCACUUGAUACCCACGGCUUCUUGGCCCAGUUCUUCCGUCAGGGGCAACCUGGCAUCCUCGCAAAAGCCUUCUUGGACCAAGUCGGAUACGCAUUGAGGAAGGAGGUUGAGCGGUUACCCAAACUCGAGCGGUCAAGACUUCCUGUCUUCAGGACACUACAACAACUAAACGAGAGAUACUAUGGUCAAAGGCUUAAGCAUCCCGGUGUUGACGGCGCCUUGUUGUGCACAGCUCAGCUCGCACAUUAUAUAGACCAUGCCGAAAAACACUGCGAGGAUAUCACUAGCCACGAUUCGACUCUCCUCGUGGGUCUCUGCUCCGGCCUCUUCGCGGCCUCAGCUAUAGCUUCGUCACCCUCGCUAUCGACCCUUGUCCCAAUCGGCGUUCAGGUGGUGCUUCUGGCGUUCAGGACAGGGUCAUACGUCCAGGCCCUCGGCGAGAGGUUAUGCCCAGCAUCUGACAAGUCAGAAAGCUGGACAUACAUAUUUCCAGGCCUCAACCAUGAGGACACUGUUUCUGCACUAGACGAGUUCCACGAAGCAACGGGCAUUCCGAGAACAAGUCGUGCCUACGUCAGUGCGGUGGCUGCAAGUAAUAUCGCCAUCUCAGGGCCACCCAGCACCCUCAAUGCGCUGGUCAGCAAGGGCGUUCUGCCGACUAAGCCGACAGCGAUCCCGGUCUAUGGCCCCUAUCAUGCCGCCCAUUUGCAUGCGUCCGUCGACCUUGACAAGAUUCUGCGGCUCAACGAUCCAGAAGUGGUUGAUGCUUUCUACUGCGCGAAACCCCGAUCAUCCGUCAUGUCUUGCUCUACAGGGGAGUGGUUCUCUGCUACCGAUACGCCAUCGCUCAUAAAAUCAGUCGUUUAUGAAAUCCUAAACGACACAUUAAUGUUUGGCAAGAUAUUGGACAGCUGCCUUGAGCGCGCCCGCCGGUUUGAGGCGAAGACCUGUCUCAUCUUGCCUCUCGGACCGACACAAAAUGCCGCCACGCUUGCGAAUCUGCUUAGAUCGCAAACCGACCUGGAAGUCAUCCUCCGGGAACCUCCGGCAGUAUCGCCCGAGAGCAUCGCGUCUAGUAUCGGGAACCACGGCUCCAGCGGGAAGUGCAAGCUUGCCAUUGUUGGCUACGCGGGGCGCUUCCCCGACGCUGCCAGUGCUGAGAAGCUUUGGGAGCUGUUGGCCAAGGGUCUUGACGUCCACCGCGUCGUCCCGCCCGAUCGGUUCAAUGUCGACACGCACUAUGACCCGACCGGCAAGGCCAUCAACACAAGUCACACGCCGUACGGGUGCUGGAUCGAGCAGCCCGGUUUGUUCGAUCCGCGAUUCUUCAACAUGUCGCCGCGUGAAGCGUAUCAGACAGACCCGAUGCAGCGCAUGGCCCUAACGACGGCAUACGAAGCGCUCGAGAUGUCUGGGUACGUUCCAAACAGGACCCCGUCUACGCGGCUGGAUCGCAUUGGUACGUUCUACGGUCAGACCUCGGAUGAUUGGCGCGAGAUCAAUGCUGCUCAGGAGGUGGACACGUACUUCAUCACCGGUGGUGUCCGUGCUUUCGGGCCGGGCCGGAUCAACUACCACUUCGGCUUCAGCGGGCCGAGCCUCAACAUCGACACGGCCUGCUCUUCCAGUGCCGCCGCUAUGAAUGUUGCAUGCUCAGCACUCUGGGCCCGAGAUUGCGACACGGCAAUUGUCGGUGGCCUGUCCUGCAUGACGAACCCCGAUAUCUUCUCUGGCCUCAGCAGAGGGCAGUUCUUGUCCAAAAAGGGCCCUUGCGCGACCUUUGACAACGAGGCUGAUGGCUACUGCCGCGGUGACGGAUGCGCCUCCGUUGUCGUAAAGCGUUUGGAGGAUGCCGAGGCCGACCAAGACAGGAUCCUUGCUGUUAUCCUGGGCACCGCCACCAAUCACUCGGCCGAUGCCAUCUCAAUCACACAUCCUCACGGUCCGACGCAGUCUGCAUUGUCAAGUGCUAUUCUUGACGAGGCUGGCGUCGACCCACUUGAUGUCGAUUACGUAGAGAUGCACGGCACCGGCACACAAGCCGGAGAUGGAACAGAGAUGGUUUCAGUAACCAACAUUUUCGCCCCGGCUGACCGUAAGAGACCUGCCGACAGGCCGCUCUACCUCGGCGCAGUGAAAGCGAAUAUCGGCCACGGCGAGGCCGCUUCUGGCAUCAGUGCGCUCGUCAAGGUUCUCUUGAUGCUUCAGAAGAACGCCAUUCCGCCACAUGUCGGCAUCAAAAAAGGGUCGGUCAUCAACAAGACUUUCCCCAAGGAUCUUUCGGAGCGGAACGUCAACAUUGCUUUCCACAUGACUCCUUUCAAGAGGAAGGACGGCAAGCCAAGGCGCGUUUUCAUCAACAACUUCAGCGCCGCCGGCGGCAACACAGGCCUUCUUCUCGAAGAUGCUCCCGUCCACGGUCCUGCCAGCCCUGAUCCUCGUAGCCACCAUAUAAUCACGGUGACGGGCAAGUCAAAAGCCGCUAUGAUCCGCAACGCCGAGAAUCUGGUCUCCUGGAUGCAGCAGCACCCCGACACACCGCUGUCGCACGUGAGCUACUCAACAACGGCGAGAAAGAUCCAGCACUACUGGCGCAUGAACGUGUCCGGUAGUGAUUUGGCUGAGGCGCAGAACGCUAUCGCUGCCCGUCUCAAGGAGAACUUUGUCCCCGUUCUCCCUGAGCAGCCCAAGGUAGCCUUCAUGUUCACUGGUCAGGGAUCUCACUACGCCGCCCUCGGAAAGGAGUUUUACGAGCAGUACACGGUAUUCCGGGAGAAUAUUGAGGAAUUUAAUGUCGUUGCCCAGAUCCACGGUCUGCCUUCGUUUCUUCCUUUGAUUGACGGCAGCGAGCCCGACGUCUCCAAGCUGUCGCCUGUUGUGGUCCAGCUGGGUCUUGCCUGCUUUGAAAUGGCGCUUGCGCGUCUAUGGCAAUCUUGGGGUAUCAAGCCUGCCGUUGUCCUGGGCCACAGCCUGGGAGAGUAUGCUGCCCUCGAAGUCGCCGGUGUCUUGUCGGCCAGCGAUGCCAUCUACCUGGUUGGCAAGCGUGCUCAGCUCCUCGUUGAGAAGUGCACGGCUGGAACCCAUGCUAUGCUGGCCGUCCAAGGCUCUGUCGAGACGGUGACUGGCGCUCUUGGCCCACGGGGUGCCGGCGUCAACGUUGCCUGCAUCAACGGCCCCCGCGAGACUGUGCUCAGCGGAGAAGCCGGCGAGAUGGGUGAGAUUGCACAGCUGCUUACUGGCGCUGGCUUCAAGUGCACCCAGCUUCGCGUGCCCUUUGCUUUCCACUCGGCCCAGGUGGAACCCAUCCUGGACGACUUUGAGAAACUGGCAGGUGGCGUUCAAUUCAAGGCGGCCAAGGUGCCCAUCAUCUCGCCUCUCCUUGGCAAGUUGGUCGAGAGCGAGCCCAUUAACCCUGCUUACCUUCGCAACCACGCGCGCGAGGCCGUCAACUUCCUUGGCGGGCUCAUCUCUGCCCAGCAGUCAGGCACUAUCGAUGAGAAGACGGUCUGGCUUGAGGUUGGCCCACACCCCGUCUGUGCCGGUAUGGUCAAGGCUGCCUUUGGUGUCGCCACGGUGGCCGUCCCCACUCUCCGCCGCAACGAGGCAUGCUACAAGACUGUCACCAGCAGCCUGUGCACUCUGCACACCGCGGGCCUGAACAUCGACUUCAACGAGUACCAUCGCGACUUCAGUGACUCGGUGCGCCUGCUUGACCUGCCCAGCUACUCGUUCGAUGAGAAGAACUACUGGCUGCAGUACACGGGCGAUUGGUGCCUGACCAAGAACCGUGUCCCCGCGGCGAGUGCCAAGGCCAUUGAGCCGGCCAAGCCCAAGCUGGCGACGACAACGGUGCAAAAGGUCAUCAGGGAGGAAGUCAAAGGCGACGUCGCCAUCGUCGAGAUUGAGUCGGAGCUUCACGAACCAAAGCUCCGCAACCUUGUCUCCGGCCAUCUUGUCAACGGCGCCCCGUUGUGCCCGUCUUCCCUGUAUGGCGACAUGGCCAUGACCGUCUGCAACUACGCCUACAAGCUUCUGCGGCCUGAAGCGGAGAAAGUUGGCUGCAAUGUUGCAAACAUGGACGUACCCAAGACGCUCAUCUUUGACGAUGCGGCAAGCAGCCACAUUCUGCGGUUAACUGUCACGGCCAAUGUAAAGCUUGGGUAUGCCGACCUCGUCUUCCAUACGGGCGAAGGUGCCAAAAAGACGGAACACGCAUUCUGCAAGGUCUACUAUGGCAAUGUCGACGAUUGGCAGAGCGAGUUCGACCGUGUCGCCUACCUGAUCAAGUCCCGUAUCGACGCUCUCAAGGAGGCUGAGCAGCGCGGCACCGCUUCCAAGAUUGGCAGAGGCCUGGCCUACAAGCUCUUCGCCGCCCUGGUCGACUACAACCCGCGGUAUCGUGGCAUGGAAGAGGUCAUCUUGGACAGCAGCACCUGCGAGGCCACAGCCAAGAUUCGCUUCCAGACCAAGGAGGAAGACGGCACGUUCUUCUUCAGUCCGUACCACAUCGAUAGCUCCUGCCACAUCUCCGGUUUCAUUAUCAAUGGCACGGAUGCGGUUGAUUCCCGCGAGCAAGUCUUCAUCUCCCACGGCUGGGGCUCCUUGAGGUUCACCGAGAUCCCCGACCCCAAGAAGGAGUACCGCAGCUACAUCCGCAUGCAACCUGUCAAGGGCAGCAAGGUGAUGGCUGGCGAUGCGUACGUCUUUGACGGUGACAAAAUCAUCGGGAUGUGCGGUGACCUCAAGUUCGCGUCCAUUCCCCGUAAGGUGCUCAACAUGCUGCUGCCUCCACGUGGCGCGGCCGCUGCUGCCACCGCAGUGGGUGCUGCCACCCGGCCCGCCACCACUGUGAAACCCGCUGCCCAGGCUCCGCCUCCCAAGAGGACUGACAAGACAGACAAGGGAGUUACGCCUGCCAACAUCUCCAAGGUCAACCAGAAGUUGAAGAGCGUUGUUUCUGAGAUCAUGGACAUCCUUGCCAAGGAGGUGGGCUGCAGCCACGAUGAGCUCGCCGACAACAUUGCUUUCACGGACCUGGGUGUUGAUUCGCUCAUGUCCCUGACCGUCAGCGGCCGGAUUCGUGAGGAGUUGGAUUUAGACAUCCACUCGCACGCAUUCGUCGACUACCCCACCAUUGGCGCCUUCAAGGGUUACCUCUCGCAGUACGAAAAACCCGGCCUCAAGGAGGACCUCUCUUCUCACGACUCGGGUGUGUCGUCCGAUGAUGAGUCGCCCGAGAUCGAGUCCGACUCCAACGUGACGACCCCUCUCGACGAGAGCGAGACUGGCUCGAUUAAGGGCGACGGUCCACUCAAGAACGAGUCUGGCGGCUCCAAUUCCGAGUUGCAGGACAUCGUCCGCAAUACCAUCGCAGCUGAGAUGGGUGUGGAAGUGGAUGAGAUCAUGGCAGCACCUGACCUGGCCAACCUUGGCAUGGACUCGCUGAUGAGCCUCUCCAUCCUCGGCACACUCCGUGAAAAGACGGGCCUGACAAUUCCUGCGGACCUUUUCGUCACCAACCCGUCCCUGAAGGAUGUGGAGCGUGCUUUGGGCAUCAGCGAGCGUCCCAAGCCGCCCGCAGCCCCUAAACAAGCUUCGAAGCCACAGGCACCCCCGGUUCCCAAGCAUCCCAGGAUCGGCAUUGAGGAGCCUUGCCCGCCCAAGCCGCCGAGGCCAACGAGCCUCGUCGACGCGUACCCGCAUCGCAAGGCCUCAUCGGUUCUUCUGUCCGGCAGCCACCGCACGGCCAAAAAGCAUCUGUUCAUGAUUCCUGACGGAAGCGGUUCGGCCACGUCCUACACCGAGAUUUCCGAUGUCGGCGGCGAGUGGGCCGUUUGGGGUCUCUUCUCCCCCUUCAUGAAGACGCCCGAAGAGUACAAUUGCGGUGUGUACGGCAUGGCAGCCAAGUUCAUCGAUGAGAUGAAACGGCGCCAGCCGCAGGGUCCGUACUCGGUGGCUGGCUGGAGCGCCGGAGGCGUCAUUGCCUAUGAGAUUGUGUACCAGCUCACCAAGGCCGGCGAGGAGGUUGAGAACCUCGUCAUCAUUGAUGCCCCCUGCCCCGUCACGAUUGAGCCCCUGCCUCAAGGCCUCCACGCCUGGUUUGCCUCGAUCGGGCUGCUUGGCGACGGAGACGACAAGAAGAUCCCGCCGUGGCUGCUCCCUCACUUUGCCGCCUCGGUGACGGCGCUGAGCAACUACGACGCCGAGCCGAUCCCCAAGGACAAGUGCCCCAACGUCAUGACCAUCUGGUGCGAGGACGGCGUGUGCAAGAACCCCGAAGACCCCCGGCCCGAGCCGUACCCCAAGGGCCACGCCCUCUUCUUGCUCGACAACCGGUCUGACUUUGGCCCGAACCGCUGGGACGAGUACCUGGACGUCAGCAAGAUGCAGUUCAGGCACAUGCCUGGCAAUCACUUUUCCAUGAUGCAUGAUGAAUAUGCCAAGCAACUCGGCGGCUUCAUCCGCGAAGCCCUCCUCCAAUAG